AUGCAUUUUAAGUCUAUUGCACCUAUUCCUUCUUCAAAGGAAUUUUUAGAUAUUGUUUUAUCCAAAACUCAGCGUAAAACACCGACAGUUAUUCGUCCGGGAUUUAAAAUUUCUCGUAUUCGGAGUUUUUAUACUCGUAAGGUUACAUUUACAAAAGAUACAUUGGAAAAAAAGCUUCAAGAUAUUCUUGAUGAAUUUCCUCGACUGGAUGAUCUUCAUCCAUUUUACGCAGACUUACUAAAUGUUUUAUAUGAUAAAGAUCAUUUUAAGAUUGCUUUAUCACAUAUUGCAACAGCAAAACAUCUUAUUAAUACAGUAGCACGGGAAUAUGUUCGUCUACUUAAAUAUGGAGACAGUUUAUAUCGCUGCAAACAGCUAAAAAGGGCAGCACUUGGACGAAUGGCGACAAUUUUGCGUCGUCAAAGCCAGGUUUUAACAUACUUAGAACAAGUUCGUCAGCAUCUUGCAAGGCUUCCUUCAAUAGAGCCAAAUACUCGGACUUUACUUAUUUGCGGCUUACCUAAUGUCGGAAAAUCAUCUUUUAUGAAUAAAAUAACGCGGGCAGAUGUCGAAGAAGCUCCAUAUCCUUUUACAACAAAAUCUCUUUUUGUUGGUCAUAUGGACUAUAAAUAUUUGAGAUGGCAAGUGAUUGAUACUCCAGGUAUUCUGGAUCAUCCAUUAGAAGAUAUGAAUACUAUAGAAAUGCAAAGUGUUACUGCACUAGCUCAUCUUCGAGCAUGUAUCCUUUAUUUUAUAGAUUUAAGUGAGCAUUGCGGGUAUCCUCUCGAAUCUCAAGUAAAAUUAUAUCAUAGUUUAAAGCCUCUUUUUUCUAACAAAGUUACCAUGAUUAUUAUUAAUAAAAUAGAUCUUAUGCAUCCGAAUAAUUUAGAUGAAAAAAGUAAAGCAUUGCUUCAAUCAAUUUUGGAUGAUGAGAAUGUACAAAUGGUUGAAACUAGUUGUGUAACCGAAGAAGGAGUAAUGAAUGUAAGAAAUAUAUGCUGUGAUAAACUACUAGAAUCCAGAAUAGAAGAAAAGCUUAAAGAUAAAAAGGCAGACAAUAUUAUGAAUAGAAUUCAUCUUGCAAAACCUAUAAUAAGGGACAAUAUUGAAAGAUUACCAAUCAUACCAGAUGGUUUAAAAGAUAGAAAACCAUAUGAUUGGAAUGAUCCUAAUAGAAGAAAAUUAGAAAAAGAUAUAGAAAUGGAACAUGGAGGUCCAGGUGUAUACAAUAUUGAUCUUAAAAAAAAUUACAUACUUGAGAAUCCUGAGUGGAAGUUAGAUAUUGUACCUGAAUUAUUCAAUGGAAAAAAUAUAUAUGACUUUAUCGAUCCUAAUAUUGAAACCAAACUUGCUGAAUUGGAAGAAGAAGAAAAAAGACUCGAACAAGAAGGCUUUUAUGAUUCCGACGAAGAAAUUAAGAAUGAAGAAGAUAUUAAAAUAUUAGAAAAAGCUAAAUUUCUUAAAGAAAGAAAUGACUCUAUAAAAAGAAAAGCUAAAUCUAAAAAAGCAUUAAACAAUAGAGCUAUCCUUCCUCGUACUAUUGGUCUAAAAUCGGUUUCAGAAAUGAGUAAACAUUUAACAUCAAUUGGAUUAGAUACAUCAUUUAUACAUGAGCGUUUAAAUUCACAUUCAAAGAAAAUCUCAAGUUCAAAACAACUAAAUGAAGAUAUUAAAAUGAAAAAUGUUUCUAAUGAAUCGUAUUCUAGAGUUCCAAAUAAAAAUCGUAAUUCUAAUGGUAUCGCUGAUCCUUUGACAAGAUCAAAGGCGGAAAAACUAGCUAGAUUAUAUCAGCGUAAAUUAAAGCAUCUUGCCAUGGCAUCAGAAAGCGAUAGACGUGUUUUUAAUAAAAAACCAAAACAUCUUUUUUCAGGAAAACGUAAGGCAGGAAAAACAGAUAGACGUUAAUAUUAAUAUUCGAUUAUUAUAUAAUAUUAAAACAAAAUGUAGAAAAAUA